AUGUCCUGCUCCAGCCUGUGCUCUCCCUGUGGGGUGGCCGCCCCGGCCCCCCUGGCCGACACCUGCAACCAGCCCUGUGUGCGGCAGUGCCCUGACUCCAACGUGGUGAUCCAGCCCCCUCCUGUUGUGGUCACCUUCCCUGGGCCCAUCCUCAGCAACUUCCCCCAGUCUAGCUUUGUUGGCUCUGCAGGAGUCCCCGGGGUUGGGGGUGGCUAUGGUGGCACUUUCGGUAGCUAUGGAGGCUAUGGAGGCCUUGGAGGCUAUGGGGGCUGGCGCCGUGGCUCUCGGUACCUCAGUGGCAGCUGUGGGCCCUGCUGA